AUGCUGCAACACCAUCAAGACAAGAACUGCCCUGUCCAAGAUUGGAAUCCCGACGAUAUUCCCAUUCUACGUACCAACGAGCUUAACAAUAUGGAAAUAAGGAAGAACUUUAACCGUAGGGCAUUGGCUGUGGUCUGCCUACAGGACACAUCGCACAUGAUUCUGCUCCUGAAUGCUCUGGCUAAAUACCUCGACCAUAUGCGGCAUUCGAAAAUUAUUCUGUGGAUGCAGGGAAAACCAACCGAAGACUUCCUCAACCAGAUCUCCAGCCAAGUCGAGGAACAUAAAUUUAUUCAAAUGUUAGUUUUCGGCCAUGAUCAAAGUGAAGAAGUUUCCAUCCAUCGUCUGUGUCCAUUUCCCAGUCCUCACUUUGAGCGGAUUGAGAGUACUUCGAGCUUUGGGGAAAUAAUGUUCAAUAACAAGAGACUCAACUUCCAAGGAAAAAAGGCAUUUGUGUUGCCCAAUUGGCCUCUACGCCUUACUUAUAGGAAUGGCAGCUUGCCCAUUACCGGGAUCGAUGACAAGCAGAUAGUUGAGUUUGCAGGGACAUACAAUUUGACUCUGGUGGUGGCUGAGAAAAAGGAUUCUGACGGCACUGAUCCGUACUUCGAUAUUCAGCUGAAUCCGCGCCUCCUUUCAAUGAACGAAAUUGCCGAACAAAUUGAAAGUGCGAAUACUUUCAGAGCAACCUCUUUGAUCGUUGUGGUGCCCUGCAGCAGAUCCAAAAGCAUUACCAAUGUUUUCCAUAAGCUGGACCUGCAGACCUGGUUCUCCUACAUCCUAUCCGUCUAUGUCACAUUCGUGGUGGUGGAGUCACUUAUUAUAGUUAUCUCCUUUCGCAUCUCCGGUCACUCCUAUCGCCUAACCAGCCUGAAUCCUUGCAUGAAUACUCGCGCUUUUCGGGCCAUUCUAGGUCUGCCAUUUCCCGUUGGUCCCAGGGCGAGCGUUUCGCUCCAUCAGCUCUUCCUGGCCAUGAGCAUAUUCGGGAUGAUCUUUAGCAGCUUCUUCAACUGCAAGUUGAGUUCCUUGCUGACGAAGCAUCCCCUGGAACCGCAAGUGGAGAACUUUGAGCAACUUCAGGAGAGUGGCCUGACCGUGAUUGCAGAUACAGAGCACCGAUCCUUUAUCGAGAAUGAUGGGAAUGGAGAGUUCUACAGGCCACAUUUGCCAAAUCUGAAGUAUAUGGACACUGUAAAACGGGGUCAAUUGAUCAUCUCGGGGAACGAUAGUCUCGCCUUUGCAGUUAUGGAGGCAUACUGGAUUAUAUUGGAUAACUUUCAGCAGGCAAUUGGACGGAAAACUUUAUGCUCGUCAAAGAACUUGACAAUACUUCAGAAUUUGCCGCGGGUGUACAUCAUGAAGAAAGAAUCCAUAUAUAGGUGGCCACUGAACAGCUUCUUCAGCACAUUCGCCGAGUCAGGAAUCCCCGCCCAUUGGCUACGAAUUUCAUCAAAUACCAUCCGUUCAUAUCUCAAUGUCACCAUUGAACCGAUUCUAAAGCCAGCAUUUGAGCCCUUGUCCAUCAAGCACUUAAAAUGGCUGGGAUGGGUCCUUGGCUGUGGCUACGCACUGGCCACUGUGGUCUUUCUGGUGGAAAUUUAUGUGGGAAAUGCAAAGAGAAAGGUUGAGAAAAAAACUCCUGCUGCUCCAUGUGAACAGGAGUUGGCUGCUGUCUAA